AGCCGCCCGAAUUGCACAGUGACAGCAUCCUGAGGAGUUCAGAUGAGGCUGUAGUGGCAUAUAAACUGGCGGGUCCACACAUACAGUGUGAUGUGAUGACGUCUGCAGUGGAACGCACAGAUGACCUGGUCAGAGAAUACCUCACCUUCAGAGGGUUCACCAACACUUUGAAAUUCUUUGAAGCUGAUAUCAAAGCUGACAAAGAGAAAGGACUCCGGGUGGAUAGAAUUGUGGAUCAGCUCCUGCAGUUUAUCCAGAGUUAUGAUCUGAAUGGCUUGCUGGAUUAUUGGGCUUAUCUUGAAAGACGUCUUUUCAGCCGCCUCGAAGAUGCGUAUCGUCCAACCAUCCACAAACUGAGGACCAGUCUGUUCCGCUAUUAUCUUGUCAACACAGUGCAGACCAGCCGGACAGAUAAGGCACAUGACUUCUUCCAAAAACAAGCUGCAGAGUUACAAAAUCAGCCUGAAUGGAAAGAAUGGUUUGCCUUACCCUUCCUGCCAACCCCUGAAGGGAAUCCAAUCUUUGCCUCCUAUUUCUCCCGAAAGUGGGCAGACAAUUUCACGGUAUCACUACAUAACUUCCUCAGUGUCCUUUUUCAGUGUAUGCCUGUGCCUACAAUCUUGAACUUUGACACAGAAUUUCAGAAAAUUGUCCACAUGCAGGAAGAGAAUGAUGUCUUGAGACAAAAGCUUUUUGCUCUGCAAUCUGAGACCCAACGAACAAGGAAGGAUGGUGACGAUGGGCCCUUAGUCCACCACAAGCUGCCGCACUAUGUGUCAAAUAUGGAUCGGUUGGGGGAUUCAGAGCUUAACAUGGUAUCCAGUCAGAGGAAUUCAGGGCUGGCUGUUCAGUCUCCAAAAACAACCAGCUUCCUUUCAUCCCUGCUUCCACAAAGCAAGAAACCUCCAGCCAGACCAACUCUUCAGCCCUCUGUCUCUUCACCAACACAGAGUGUGGCUGCCUUGCCUCUAAAGAAGGAGGCUGCUAAUAAUCAGAAAGCAAAAGAGGUUGUGACGGCACCUAAAGAAGCCAAGGCUGUCCAAAAUGUUCUUGUUGUGCCAGGAUCCACUGAAGCUAACCUGGCACGGCAGAGGCGUUUACAAGAGAGGAAAGAGCUCCUGUCUAAGGGAUCGUCGCAGAGCAUUGAGAAGAAGUUGGACUCAGUAGAUGUGGAUCCUGAUGUCCGGUCUGAAACACAUAGUGAUUCAGGAGAUGCACUAACCAGAGUUCUGGGAGCUGGUACCUCAGGUGCGAAUGAUAAACCAGAGCAGCCUUUUAUAGUUUUGAGCCAGGACGAGUAUGGAGAACAUCACUCUUCGAUAAUGCACUGCAGGGUGGACUGCUCAGGGCGUCGGGUGGCCAGUCUGGACGUUGAUGGGGUGAUUAAAGUUUGGUCUAUCGAUGGCAUCAUGCAGACCAAAGCUUCUUCCAUAUCAAAGUCUGCUCUUCUAUCUCUGGAAUGGGCGACAAAGAGGGACAGGCUGCUCUUGCUGGGCAGUGAAGUAGGCACCGUUCGGCUGUAUGACACAGAAGCAAAGAAGAACUUAUGUGAAAUUGGAAUUGCUGAUGACAUGCCCAGGAUACUUUCUUUAGCCUGCAAUCCUAGCGGCACGUCGUUUGUCUGUUCAGCAGCAGCUCCAAAUUCUCCUAGUAAUGUGGAGCCAGUGAUUCCUGGUUCUGGGGAAUAUGGUGGAAAUCAGGUUGCUGGGAAACUCCUGCUGUGGGAUACAAAAACAAUGAAACAGCAGCUCCAGUAUUCCUUAGAACCUGUACCCAUAGCAAUAAACUGUACCUCUUUCAACCACAAUGGGAACCUGCUGGUAACGGGAGCUGCUGAUGGGUUCAUUCGUCUUUUUGACAUGCAGCAACAUCAGUGCGCCAUGAGUUGGAGAGCUCACAAAGGAGAAGUCUAUUCCGUAGACUUUAGUUAUGAUGAAAACGCAGUGUAUAGCAUUGGUGAAGAUGGGAAGUUUAUUCAGUGGAAUAUCCAUAAAAGUGGACAGAAAGUGUUGGAAUAUUCUCUGCCUCCUGAUGCUACUGGUCCUUUUAUGCUAUCUGGUUACAGUGGAUACAAGCAGGUCCAGUUUCCCCGUGGCAGACUGUUUGCAUUUGACUCUGAAGGGAACUAUAUGCUGACAUGUUCGAGCACAGGGGGAGUCAUUUACAAGCUCAACAAUGGUGGUGGUAUGGAAAGCUGCCUCUCUCUGGGGGGCCAUAAGGCCCCUGUGGUCACUGUGGAUUGGAGCACAGCUGUAGAAUGUGGUACUUGCCUGACUGCUUCGAUGGAUGGGAAAAUUAGACUAACCACUCUCUUGGCACAGAAAUCCUAACAAAGCCAUGUCCAAUUAAGUUUGUGAAUCAAGCCUGAAAGAUCAGUAAAGUGCAAAUUUCUUUAAAAACUAAUGAAUUUUUGGACUUCCUAAAACCGUUUUGAGGAUUUAUAUGUAGCAAUCUAUUUUAUGCACAUGAAGAGAUCCAUUUUUUUUUGUUAUCAAGAUCCUGGAGUAUAUUUAUUCCACAAGAUUAAUCCAGGACAUUGCCAGUUCAUAUUCCAGUGCAGGCACGUCUUGAUCACCGCUGUUCCAAAAUAUGCUCUAACAUCUUUGAUGUGGCAGAGGACAAUUAACUUCCAAAUACUACUAUUUGAACAGCACCAGUGUAGAGCUUGGCAUUCUGGUAGAAUUCAUAGGGUGACCUUAUGGAGUAUUUUGUUUCAUUUAUAUUGGGUACCACAUACAUUCUGAAUGCAGAAAAUUAGCCAUGUGCUCAGAUACCAACUAUGCUUGGCAGACCACAUUGGCUGUAGUAUUCAUCAGCCCAAAUGCAUGAACAAUAUAAAAAUCAAAAGAAAGAAAAAAAGUUACAUGCGCACUAUCCCGUGUAGGUUUUUGGUAGGCUAUUAAAGCGUAAGAUCUCCUACCUUACACCAGUGAUGCUAAAACCAUUCUGAUUAAAUGUACAUGGAGAUUUGGAAUAGUAUUCAUCUAACCUUUAAAA